AUGGCCUGACCGGGCUGGGUGGCCAUGGCCUGCUGGUUGCUGAGAGAGGGCAGCCUGAGAUUGGCUCGGCUGGACAUCUAGCGUCACUGAGUCAUGGCCACAUAUUCCGCUUUGCAUUGAAUGAAUCUGUGCAUCAACAUCGGUGCCGAGUCCAAUAAUGCUGAAACUCCUGAAGGAGGCCCAGCCAUAAUAACCUAUACAGUUGCAAGUGUAGUGCAUCCGGAGAGAGGAGUUUCCAUGAAUGCGUUGGUGGAUGAAGACAGGCUUGUAACAUUAUGCUGACGGGAAGAUCUUCGAGCAAUGCAGAAAAUUGCAGCGAGAUCAAGUGGUGGUCUCGAUCAGGAGAGCCAACUUCAGCUGUACCGCAACUCCCCGUCUGAUAAACCGACGAACACUGAUAUUGAUAAGCAUGAUAUUGGCUUUUUACCCGUCGACAUACGAGGUCGACCGCUGGUGCGCAAGGGCAAUACGGGAACAUGGAAAGCGGCCAGCUUCAUUUUGGCCACGGAGAUGGCGGAGAGAAUGACAUACAUUGGAUUGCUCUCCAAUGCUGUGUCCUACCUGGUGUUCCGUAUGCACCUGACGUUUCCGAAGGCGAGCGACCUCGUUACCAAUGUGGCCGGGGCUUCCAAUCUCACUCCUUUGCUGGGUGCUUUCGUGGCCGAUGCUUACCUUGGGCGAUUCUGGACAAUACUUGUCUUCGGUAUCAUCUAUCUCGUCGGACUGGUUCUGCUCGUGCUGGUGGCCUUCCUUCCGUCUCUAGCUCCGAGCAGCGCAGAAUGCUCGGCAUAUCAAGCUGCAUUAGGAAACUGCGAACCAGCGUCAGAAGGUCAGCUCACCGUCUUGUACCUGGCCCUGUAUAUUAUCGCUUUGGGAACGGGAGGGAUUACGCCGUGCGUGUCGGCAUUCGGAGCGGACCAGUUCGAUGAAGAGGAUCCAUCUGAGAUGAAAUAUAUGCCCUCUUACUUCAACGCAUUCUACUUCUUCAUCAGCGUUGGAUCGCUUCUUUCCCUGACGCUUGUGGUGAACGUCUCGGAUAGUAUCGACUACAAAUGGGGCUUCUUCAUCAUGCUUGUCAGCAUGUUCGUGGCGCUGGUCAUCUUCCUCAUCGGAACGCCACGAUACAGGCACAGACUGCCGAGUGCAAGACUCAGUCCCCUCACCAGAAUAGCUCAAGUUACCGUGGCUUCGGCCAGGAAAAUGCGGCUGAAAGCGCCAGAAAAUGAGCAGGAAUUAUACGAGGUCUUCGACAAAGAAUCAGCCAUCGUAGGAAGUCGAAAGAUCGUCCAUACAAGCGACUACAGGUUCUUGGACAAGGCGGCCGUGCCGACGGAGGCGGAGAAGGACCAGAUCAAGGAAAAUCCGAAACUGAUUCCGUCUCCGUGGAGACUAUGCACGGUAACGCAGGUGGAAGAAGUGAAGGCACUUCUUGUAAUGAUGCCGAUCUGGUGCACAGGAAUCGUCACAAACAUGGCGUUCAUUCAGAUAAUCAACUUCGCUCUUCAGGGAGGAACUUCCAUGAACCGGGAAGUUGCGGGCUUCGACGUGCCAGUCCCAACGCUGGCGUCCGUGGCCACGAUUCUCGUCGCCAUCGCUCUUCCGCUCUACAACCAAUACUUCGUCCCGUUCAUGAGCAGACUCACGGGCGACACGCGAGGCAUUUCGCUCCUGCAGCGCCAGGGCGUGGGCCAGCUCGUCAUGACGGUGGGCCUCCUAGCCGCGGGAGUCCUCGAGAACAGAAGACGAGCCCAAGCGUGGGCACUCGGCAAGCAGUCCAACCCUCUGGCCAGCCUCCCGAUCAGCGGAUUCUGGAACGUGCCCAUCUUCUCGCUCAUAGGCUUGGGCGAGGUGUUCGCCAUGGUGGGGCAGAUGGAGUUCUUCUACGACCAAGCUCCCGACGCCAUGCGCAGCGUGGGAGUGGCCAUCUUCACGGCCAACGGCGGAAUCGGAGCCUUCAUGGGCAGCGCUAUCGUGCACAUCGUCAACAAAGUCACGCCCUCGCCUGGCUGGGUCGCGGUCAACAUCAACCUCGGGCACAUGGACUACUACUACUUCUUCGUCGCCGUGCUCAAUCUGGCCAACUUCUUCUUAUUUCUCUGGUUCGCGCAUCGGUACAAGUACAAAAUCGUCUCCAAGAGCACCAAACGCGAGGCGGUCUUGCUCAAAGCCCUGCACCAGGAGAAUGCUCACGAUCAUGCCCAUGCCGGCCCCGCGACGGUCGGCGUGGCUCCUUCAGAUUCCCGAUUAUACUGACCUCGCUUCUGUACAUCGAGAGUAGUGCUCAAUCACCUGAACUAGGAGAGUUUGAGCCUAAUUCUCUACUAUCGAGGCCCAGCUUAGCCCCCGGAAAUUGCGCUGUGAAUGUCCAUCUGAUCCGACUCACAAGGCACCUGUCCUCGUACUUCUGCAGCCUUAAAUCUUCUGCCGGAUCAAAUCGAACCUGUUGUACACACCGGCUGUGUAACUCUCGCACAUUCGGGAAGAUAUUCACGAAGACGUACGGGCAGAGUCUGCACCGUCGACGUUCACUGUGGCCCAGAUGUCCGAGAAGAGUUCACCUCCAGACUGCGGCGAGGAAGAUCUCGGGGAAACUGCAACUCAAAGCCCCGCAUUUUUCAAAACUGUACUUGUCUCGUCUAAAUGUCGGACACUUAAUUAAUAUUAACUUCCCAAUUUCUCAACGCAGAGUGCAUUUGACGGCCGAAUCGAUCGUAGGUUCCCUGUAAUAAAACUUC